CGGCGGCGUUUGGCAGGAGCACGGCGGGAGCUCCGAAGAGGAGACGGCGGGAACAGCUCCGGGAUGUCGGUUAAGAGAGCAUUAAAUUUGGACAUGGUUAGAAAAGAUGAUGCACCUGAUGCAACCCCCCAGAAGGCCAAAAGGAACAAUCUGGGCUCCUUCUCCCCCACCACAGGCACUCGCCAGAUCAGCCCCUUCUCCUCUCCCACCAGCCACGGGGCAGAAAAUCCCAGGAGUGACCCAGAGGGAGAUGGGAAUGAGCAGAAAGAUUCCAAGAGUGGAUUAUCCAGGAGAGGGCAGCCUCAAACAAAGCACGAUGAGUUCCUGCGACUGCAGUCCCAAGUGAGAAAUUCCUUGCCCAGAAUCCUGAAACUAAGAGCAAAUCUGACAAGCCUGAAGGCUUUGGAGGGCAGUAGAGAGCUGGAAAAUAUCCUCGGAGUCUCACAGUCGUCCUGUGUCCUGAGUGCUGAACUGCAGAAAACCCAAGCGCUGGUGAGUCAAGCAGAAAAACUGCAGCUGUUGAAAGCAAACCAUGGAAAAGUCCCUGCCCGAGGCCACAUGCAGGCUGGUGGGAGUGCUGCAUUCCUGACCUCACUCCUGGAGAGAAGGAAGGAGCCCCUGGGCCUGCUCCCAGCCUUGCCCAGCACCGAGGCACGGCCAGAGUGACCAGAGCAUGGUGCUUCUUGUAAGCCACUCUGGGAUGUCCUGCAGCCUGCAAGGGCCUGAGGGCACUCAGUUGUUUCUGUGCCCAUGGGAUUUGUUCCUGGUUUGGUGGUGACAAAGAAACUCUAGAAACUGCUCCCCUACCAAAACAUCCUGUGCUGUUUCUCAUCUUGUUGCUGCUUUGGUUACUUGUCCUUGUUGCAGCAUUUCUCCUCACCAGUUUGUUCCUCCUUUGGUUACUUGUCCUUGUUCCUUAAAACAUCCCAAAAUGUUCCUGCAGCCCUGGGCAGAGGGGCUGCUGCCCUGCCUUAGGCUCUGUGUGUUUUACUGGACAUCACACCCAUAACUCCAAGCAGAUCCCAUGAACGAUGAUGCUGCUGUCUAAUUGCUAUUUAUUUUAGUCAUUCCUCAUCUCCCCACAGGCAUUAUGUGAAAAAUGCAUUCCAUAUCAACCCAAACUUCUCCAUCUGCUGGACUGGACUUAAAAGGAGCGAAGAACUGAGUGUAAACCAAUCUCCCCAGCAAAUCCCAGCUGGGGAGCGCUCGCUGUGCCGGGCAGGUGCACGUCCAGAUAACAUUUCUGGCAUCUAUUUCAACUUAACAAUGUGCACAACCAGAUAAUCUCAAUGUAAAUAAUCCACCCUGGGUGCUGCACAGCCCUGUGCCAGUGGGGCUGGUGCUGUGUGGAAAUAAACUGGGGCUUCUGGAGGGAGCUCUGCAGUGCCAGGAAUUAAUUAUUCCGACCCUGGAUGUGUUUUGGUUGUUUGCAAACGCUUUCCCUGGUGGUGCUGCCACAGUUGGGAACAGAUUUGUCAUCCACAUGAGGGCUCCUCUAAAGUCAACCCCAGCCCCAGGAUGAAAAGGCUUCAGCCUCCAACCCAGCAUUAACACACAGGGCUCUGGUAACAUUUGCUUUUAGGUCAACAUUGGAGUUUAGUUUUGGCAUUUAAUGCUGUAGGAGCAGACUUGUUUUAUAUAAACCAACUCUUUUUAUAAAACAGCUGCUUUUCUUUUUCCUUCUCCUCAGCCUCACCCUUCCAGCCAAGUGAAUUCCCUCAAAUCGUUGUAAUUAGGCUGAAAAACUGCAGUAAAAUGAUUUGUUCUUAUCAAAGUCCAGCACAAACACAAACACUUGAAUGCCCUUUCUACCACUGCAAAGUCCCAUCCUCAAAUAAACUGAUUUUUACAACUAAAAUUCUGAGCAGCAGCAUGAUGAAUGUGUUCAGGGUGUGGCUGAACACACACAUGCUCAAGCUUUGGGAGUUUUCAAUUAAUAAAAAUGGUUUUGCACUUCA